AUGGCCCUGUCGGGGGUCCCUGUCCCCGCUGCGGACGGAACGGUAGCCGCGGCUGAGUGGCUGGACUUCGCCUUCCGCUCCAUGGCGAUCGACAGACUCGUGCACCACUUCGAGGGGAUGGGGACCGGCUUUGCCGCUAUGGGAGUGGUCGCGUCGAUAUCCAUCCUCGUGUACCCGCUGCACUCCCUCCUAUCACCGAGGACGACCCCGGCCACCACCGACAACACUGCAACAGCAGCGCCUUCGAGCGACGGGGGGGGGCGCCCCGUCGGCACGUACGUAGCAGCCGUGGGCCUCCCCUCGGCCGCGGUCUGGGCGUUCGCCGUGUGGGCUCAACGGCGGGCCGCGUGGGGGCUCGUGCCGGGGCUGUGGUUGGCCCUGUUCUGCGCGUGCGUGACCCUCAAGAUCACGUCCUUUGUGGCGGCGUCGGCGGUGGCCACACCGCCGCAAACACCUCCUUCUCCGGCGGGGUCAUCUUCGGAUGCUAGUUCCGCGGAAGCGGCGGCGGCGGCGGCGGCCGCCGGCCCGCGGUCCUUGACGUUCGGCGAGUACCUCUUCUUCCUGUUCCUGUCUCCCUCACUUGUGUGCGAGGUUCGCCUCAUGAAGGUCUCCGCCCGCCGACGUAGCCGGCCCCUUCGCGCGGCCUCCGAGUUCUUCCACGCGGUCCUCACCUUCCUCUGCGCGCACUGCGUCGUGGGCUCCAUCCUCGCGCCGUCCCUGCGACUCUUCUUCUCCGCCGUCAGCCCCGGUUGGGUGGAGGGUGCGGCGGCCGGCUGGGCGGAGCUCGAGGCCGCCGGGGGAGCGGGGUGGCCGUCCUGGACGGCCGGGAGCGCCUUGCUGGCGGGCGGCGACAAGGAAGACUCUGGUACACGUUUGGGGCAGCUGGUAGCGCUGGGUUGUUUCCUGUGGAUGCUGUUCGUCGUAUCCUCAGCUCUCCACUUCAUGGUGUUCUACGCCUUUUGGCACUGCAUUUGUCUCGGGAUGGCGGAGCUGUGGGGGUUCCCCGAUCGCAACCUUUACGGGUGCUGGUGGCUGCUCUUCGACGAGCCUCGGGACUUCCUCCGGAUGUGGUCCACCCCCGUGCACCGCUGGCUUUCCACGUGCGUCCACUGGCCCAUGCUAGAGCUGUGCAGCACCAGCGACGAGGGCGUCGAUGGGACCAAGAGUCCUCCUUCUGCUGAGUUGUCGACAGCAACAGCAGAGGUAGCGGGGGACCCGUCGAAGUGGACAUGGGUGCCGGCCGUGCUCGCGACCUUCGUCGUUUCCGGGGUGUUCCACGAGGCGGUGGUUUACAUCGCCAUGCGAGGCACCUGCUGGCCGUUCAACACGUUUCUGCUCUGUGUCGGGGGCGUGCUCGUCAUAUUCUGGGACAUCGUGUUCCCGCUCCCUGACCUGAAACCGUCUUCAGAGUCAGAGGGUGGUAGUCCUCCACAAACGGCAACAUUGAGCCCUAGAAAUGAAGGGGGUGCUGGGAAGAAGGUGGUGAGGGCCUACGGUCACCGGGGUAGGAUGUCCGCGGCCGCGUUUUGCGUGUCGGUUCAGCUCUCGGCGUUCAUCGCCGAUUGCGCCGCCUGGCUGUGGUGGAGGCACAUCCACAUGAAGAAUUGACUUCUUCAAUAGAGUGGAUGUGUCCUACCAUUCUUGCAUCGAAACGAACGUUUCAACGUUGUUGUCUAGAAGCCGGCCAAGCCGGUGUUUCGAAUCGGACAUGGCCAUUGCCAUUGUGUGUAGUGAAACCGCCGCCCCAAGAUGAUUUGCUGACCAACAUGUGUUUGUGUACGUCUUAACCUUGCGUUCGAAAGAGUUGUGGGUUGCUGACGCGGUAUGGGUUUCGUGGCGACACGUCCAGUCGCGAUAAGACUUGAUUUCCACCCACGCCAGUGUGCUGUGUUUCUCGUUCUGAAAAUAUUGGUCGUCGCUACAGUACCAUCGAAAGGUUUAAUGCGUUGUGAAGACAUGGGAGGUUGCCGGCGACAAAAGGAGCUGUACAGCUGUAUAUGGCAAUAACGGAAUUAAUGAAUGUGAAAUCAUUGGUGUGGUUCAUGGGUGAUGCGCUUUCUCGAGGUGAACAUGCUACACCUUUUUGCCGCGGCUUGUGCCCAGGGUUGUUGUGCGAAGAGUCCGGCGACCUGUAGCGUGUGGGGGCGUUUGUGUGCGUGCUGUACGUGUGUCAGGCAUAGUCUAGAAGAUAUUGUGGUUGUUGUUACACCUCUUAUGUAGAUCCUAGUCGAUCUGAUGAAACCUGAAAAAGAAGCAACGCCAGAUUAUUCUGAGUGACCCCGGCU